AUGAAAGGUAUCUUCCUUCUUUUUCUCUCAUUGCUGUCAAUCAUUCGCGCGGCCACGGUUACUUACAAUUGGAGCAUCGACUUUGUCAACGCAGCUCCAGAUGGCUUCUCACGGCAAGUCAUUGGAAUCAAUGGCGCGUGGCCAUGUCCUGCAAUUGAGGGCACAGUUGGAGAUACCAUUGUAAUCCAUGUAUUCAACAACCUUGGGACAGAAUCCACGGGAAUACAUUUUCAUGGCAUCAAUCAACUCGGGUCGCAGGUUAUGGACGGCCCUUCGGGGGUAACCCAGUGCCCUAUUCCCCCGGGAUCAAGCUUCACAUAUAGCUUUGUGCUUGACGCCCCAGGAUCGUACUGGUACCACAGCCAUAACAAGGGACAAUAUCCAGACGGGUUGAGAGGUCCUCUGAUUGUCCAUGAUCCCCAUGACCCAUACAAAGGCCAGUACGACGAGGAGUUGGUCUUGACACUCUCGGACUGGUACCAUGAUUCAGUCCCAGUUCUAAUCCAGCAAAUGCUCGCUACAUCGAACACUCAUUUCCUCCCACCAUUCCCUGAGGCUCUCUUGACAAAUGACGCCAGUUCAGUAUCCUUUAAAUUCCAGCCUGGAAAGACAUACAAGAUCAAAAUCAUCAGCAUUGCAGCGUUUGCUUCCACUUUCCUCCAAUUCGAUUCGCAUACCAUGAGAGUCAUCGAAGUGGACGGCUCUUAUAUAGAGAAGCAUGAUGCCUAUCAAAUUCGAGUGGCCCCUGCGCAAAGGUACACAGUUCUGCUCAACGCGCAGCCAGCAACGAGACGGAAUUAUGCUUUUCUGGCUUCUCUGGAUAUGAAUAGGGAUUUCAGUGAUCUUAAUGCGCGGCCUCCGAAUGCCUACCCGUUCAAUAUAACCGGUACUCUCAUUUACGAUGCAGCAAAACCCCUUCCAGCCCCGUACGUUGUUCGAUCCUGGAACCCUGUGAAUGACUUUACUUUUGCGGCCCUGGAUGGGGAGCGUCUCUUGGGAACGCCAAACGUGGAUAUCACCUUGAACUUCACUUUUGGAUUUGAUGCUAAAGGAAUACCAAGGACUUUUUUCAAUAAUAAAACCUACGUCCCACAAAAAGUUCCUUCCCUCUUCACGGCAUUUACCACAGGAACAGAAAAUACGAACCCGUUAAUCUACGGAGCAGUCAAUCCAUUCGUGGUCAAGAAAGGCGACAUCGUCCAGCUCACAGUUAACAACCUUGACGCGGCCAUUCACCCCUUCCAUCUUCAUGGCCAUCAAUUCCAGGUGUGCGAAAGAGCAUCGUCCGGCAAAGGAACUUUCAAUGGUCACACGAGAAAUUUCCCAUCGGUGCCAGUGAAGCGAGAUACAAUUGCUGUGAACGCAGGUAGCUACAGUACCAUACGAUUCAAGGCCCAGAAUCCUGGCGUGUGGCUCUUCCAUUGCCACAUUGAGUGGCAUGUCAUUAUGGGCCUCAUCGCAACAAUCAUUGAAGCCCCCGAGCAACUUCGUGGACUACAGAUCCCGGAUGACCACAAGGCUGCUUGUGCGGCUCAAGGUAUCCCGAUUGCGGGCAAUGCUGCUGGAAACACCCAGAAUCUGACUGAUCUAACUGGCGCCUUUACAACCCCUCCGGUUCCUGAUAAUGGGGCGCUCUUUCCGAAGAGAAGUUUAAUAAUGCCCAAGGCCGGCCCCAUCAGACGUGAUAGGUACUAUGGGAAUUAAGCUUUGACCCACGAUGUUGGAAGCUGGAAGUCUGGGCCCGGGAGUUUGAGUUUAUACCCAGAUCUUUUCAUGAUGCAGCU